AUGCAGCAGGCAUCCAAUGAGCACGAGGUGAUUAAUCUUAUGGAUGAUGAUGAAGAUGAUGUAUCAACUGAUGCGGGCAAUGCACUAACAGAGGGUGAAGAUGUUACUUUAGAAGUUACUAGUAGACAGCCACCUUCUGCUGCCAUUAUUCAAAAUACUAAUUUUAAUAAUAAUAAUUUCUACGGUGAGGACGAUAAAACUGAGGACGCUGAGGAUGUUGAAGAGAGGAAUCAAUUAUUUAGGCAAAUGAAUAGAUUUGUAACUUCAUCAUCUAACAACACUCCUGUUCUUUUUAUUGGAUUUUCUGGUGUGGGAGCUAGUGAUGAUGAUGAAUUGGUUAAUACUACAUUGAAAUUCUAUCAGAGAGCUGAUACAUCAUUUCCGAGUUUUAAACAUGCAUUGGCUAGGAAAGUGAAUUUUGUAAUUCCCUAUGUGAAACAAUCACUUGAACUUGAGGAGGAGCAUAGUCUCUUGACGGCAGAGGUGAUUCCACUGAUUAGUUCAGAAAUGGAUAAUCAAAAAGCAAGUUGUAGACAGUGGGAUAUGCCACUGGUUAGGAAGGUGGAUCAAUCAAUAAGUACAUAUUCGAAUAUUGAGGCAACCAAGCUAUUUUCGUUGAAUUUAGGACUUGAAAAGGUUCUUGGAACAAAGAUUAAUGAUAAUGAAUUUGAAGAGGAGUUUAGUAAGAUUUUCUUCUCUGUUUAUGGAGAUGAUGCAAGACAGAUUUUUGAUAUUGUUGGAGAUAUUAUUGAUCUAGAUCCACCAGAAGAUAAUUGA